UUGCCGCUAAUCGCCCCCGCGCUUAGGCGUCUUGCAACCGUCGGGUCGCGUCAUCUCUUUGUUUACAACUAACACUGACAAUUCUUUGUGUGAUCUGGAAAUGGAAACUCAACCCUUUGUUCUUGUGUAGUUACCCCUCUGUGUUCGUCAUAGAAAUGGCCGUCGACACUAGGUCGGACUCUCAAGAGACCAACUCGACAUCGUUGGUGGAAGACUCAUUGAACAUUACCUUCAAAAACAUCAGUUACAAAGUUCGACAUGGUUUCUUUGCUGGAGGACGCAAGACAAUUCUUAACGAAGUCAGUGGACAAUUCAACGCGGGUGAUCUGAGUGUCAUCAUUGGUCAGUCCGGGGCAGGAAAGAGCUCUCUAAUGGAUAUCUUAGCAGGUUAUACAAAACCCACAAACGGUAGUAUUUGUGUGAAUGGUAGAGUCCGCAACGAGAAAAUGUUUCGAAGACGUUCGUGUUACAUACUGCAAGAUGACAAGAUCCAUGAAAUGCUUACUAUACAAGAAUCCCUGACAAUUGCUGCUGAGCUAAAGUUGGGGAAUCAUGUCAGCAAACAGCAAAAACAGCAACGGAUCGAAGAAAUCAUAGCUUCCUUAGGCGUUACUAAAGUGCGACAUUCGAGAGCGUGCAACUUGUCGGGAGGUCAAAAGAAACGACUAGCAAUUGGAUUAGAAUUAGUCAACGACCCGCCCGUCAUGUUCUUAGAUGAACCAACCAGUGGCCUAGAUAGUUCAAUAUCAAAGCAAUUGAUGUACCUCCUGCAUCUAUUAGCAAGGCAAGGAAGAACGGUAGUGAUCAGUAUGCACCAGCCUUCCGCGAUGCUUCUAUACAUGGUUGACAGGCUCUACGCAGUUGCUGCUGGGAGAUGUGCUUACAUGGGAUCUGUACAGAGACUCCUACCGUACCUGAAUACAAUGAACCUCAUAUGUCCUCCAUACCACAACCCUGUUGACUUUUUCAUAGAAAUAUGUCAAGACAAUGAAGAUAUAUUAGUUGAAUCCGCGAAUAAUGGUAAAAAUGAAAAUUGGACUCAAAAUACACCAAAUGAGACUGAUAGAAAGUUAAUAGAAUAUAAAAGGAGUAAAUCUGAAGAAGUAUAUUUGACAACACUACCUCCACCUAAAGAAGAUCCUACUAGUAAAAUCCUGUUAGCCCUUAAAAGUACAUAUCCAACUUCUUCUUGGAAGCAAUUUACAAUUUUAACUAGAAGAGCUUUAAUGUCUAUCUGGCGCAAUCCGUCCUUCACGAUAAUGAUCACGGGCAUACAUUGUUCAAUGGCCUUAUUUGUUGGCUUUCUCUUCUAUAAUGUUGGUGAAGAUGCUAAAUACGUCAGAGACAACUAUAAUUUCCUCUACUUCAGCCUUAUGUUUCUGAUGUUCACAGCAUUCAGUGCUGUAACCAUUAGUUUUCCAGAGCAGAUCCCUGUUAUACGAAGAGAGCACUUUAACCGCUGGUAUAAUGCUGGAGCAUACUACGCAUCAACACUGGCGUCUGUAUUACCAACACAAACCGUCUGUACGCUUGCAUUUGCCUGCAUAACGUACUGGUUGACGGGACAACCUGUAGAUUAUAUACGUUUUCUUAUAUUCUCCUGUACGCUCUUAUUAGUCUCGUACGUGGCGUUGUGUAUUGGUCUCUUCAACGGAUCUAUGUUUAAUAUUAAGAAUGGAGUCGUAUUCGGGCCGUUUUUCAUAAUGCCGUUUACAAUAUUUUCUGGAUUCUUUCUUCGAUACAGCGAUGCGCCCGUUUUUAUGCAAUGGUUGUUUCAACUAUCGUUUCUGAAACACGGGCUUGCUGGUUUAGUUAUAUCAAUUUUUGGAAUGGAUCGACCGAAACUUUUGUGCACAGAAAUAUACUGCCAUUACGCACAACCUGUACAGUUCUUGAAAGAUAAUGGAAUGCUUGGUGAAAAGUUCUCAAUUGUCGUUGCUGCUUUAUUUGCUAUCGCGUUUGUGUUCAUAGCCUGUUCUUAUGGUGUGCUAAAGUUAAGAUUAAAGAGUAAAUGGUGAGACUCAAUCAUAUAGUUUUUGGGUAAAGACUUCCGGCGUAUUUAAAAAUGGCUGUGAUUAGAACUGACGCAUACACAAUUGAAUCAUAUUCUACGUUACAUAGUGUUUAUAAAUGCAAUCAUAGUUAAUAAUAAAGGACGUUUAAUCAAAGAAAAAAUACCAAACGAGUGAACAAUAACAAGAUUUAGUGAAAAUUGUUACUGAAUUACAAAACAAUCGCUCAUACUUUUGUGUAGUUUUAAAGAAGAGUAUAUGAACCUAAAAUAAAUAUUUUAUCAGAGUAAUAUAUAAUUUUAGAUAUGUUUUAAAAUUCUGUUACAUUUAAUAAUACAAUAUAUUGCCCUAAAUAUGUAGUUUGGUGAUGAGAAUCUCAAACGAGACAAUUGAUCUUGCUACAUUUAACAGUAGAACUGUCAACUUUACCGAUGCAAGGAAAUUGUUAAAACCUUCAAACUGCUCAUCUGAACUACAUACAUUGCACAACUCUUGCUCACGAUGUGUUCUUUAAAAUUUAUAUAUUGAUUUAUAUGUAUUAUAUGUGAUCUGUAAAUAUGUUUAUAAACCAGUACACAUUAUGUAAGAACAAACUUGAAGCUCAACGCAGUAAAGAUAUUCUGUAAGAAGAAAACAAGUGUGUAAUAUCAGAAUGUAAUAUGCAAUUUUGACUAUGAUAAUUAUUAAAUUUAUAAGAUACACGUAUCAUAAUGGCGUAUCACUGUACGUCGUAUGUCAACAUUUCACGAGUGAGUUAAGAAAUGAAUUCUCACAGAAUUGCACUGCAAAACACGAUUGUGAAACAUCAGAAAGCUACGACAUAUUUCUUGUAAGCGUAAGUCGGCUGUUAAUAUUUUAUGAGUGAGAUUCUAUGCGAGUUCUUAUAAAGUUACAAUCAUGAGUAAAUUGGGGUCUAGAUAAGUUGUAUAUCGAUCGACCAAUUCGUUUCUAGAAAACGAUGAAGAAUUAUAGAAAUGACAUUAUAUGUAUUUGAUCUCUUGAUCAUAUACAACGGAAGAAAGACGAUAGAAAUCGUUACGGCUCGAAUCGAAUGCAUUUGCCUUAGCCCAUUGAAAUAUAGCCCAGCUUAUCUUUGCUACGUUAAAGUUGCAUGGACAUUGCAUGAUAAUAAUACAUUCGAGACUUUUUAUUAUUAAAUGGAAUAAAUGGAUCAUAUUUUCAUUCAACACCAAGCAAGUUUCUCAAAAUUAAUACAUACUUUCUGGGGCAAGUUAUUUUUUAUUUCAAGAAUAAAAUUAUUAAUAAUAAAUCCACCUUUUACAUUUACAUCACAGUUAUUCCUAGAUAAGACUUUCUAUAAAAGAUUAUAUAGUUUAUAUAAAGCGUAUUAUUAUUAUAUUAUUUUCAUGCAGGCCUUAUAAAACCCCGAACAAGUAUCUACAUUCCAUAAAUGUAAUCAUUAUUGUAUAUUUUUAGUAUUGUAAAGUAAUAAUAAUUGCCGAAUUUCUUGCCGGUUCUUAUCGCAAGAACCUAUAUUUUGAACCGGUUUUUGUAACUUAACUUCCUCAAGUGAAGUCUAUUUUUAUAUUAUUGAUAUACCAAAGAUACAUUCUUUUUAUAAUUUCUGUCUGUCUAUAUAUGAGCACAUUGCGGAGAUCAUUAAAUUGGAUCUUAAUGAUACCUUAAUGAAUGAAACCCAUAAGAUUUUCGGGAUUGUUUGGGUAAUUUAUAAAAGUUUUUCAAUUUAUUGUAUUUCAAGUCUAUGCUCAUGACCACAUGGAUGUCAACUCGUUAAGUAAUUAUUCGAUGUAUGUGUUAAGUUUCCACCGAAGACAUAAAACAUAAUUUCACGUCUAUCCUAUCCAAAAAUUUUAUACUUUUAAUAUAGAACGUUUCAUUUUAAUUACAUAGCAAAUAAAUCCCUACUAAUAAUACAAACCGGAAUCUUCUUUUUGAACGCGCUAUUCCCAAGAUCUACCAGUCCUAUUUGAAAUAAUCCUUUUGCAUUAAGUAGCGAAAUUAUAGAGGAAGAUAAUUUUGUAUUACAUCACGCUUCGAUCCAUGGGGGCGACAGUCAAGAUUAACGUGGAUGAAAGCAGGAGCAGCUAGUAUCGAAUAUACUUGCCAGCUUAAUAAACGUACGACUUAUAAUUUGUAAAUAUAUAAGUAAGAUUAUUGUUAGAAUCGCUAGGUGAAGUGAAGAACACUUCAUAUCCAGAUUAUAUUAUAGUUACGUGGGUAAUAAUUGUUGUCAAAGUUAUGUUAAUUUUAAGAAAUAAGCCGGUUGAUGAUCUGUACUAUACAUUCUCUAUAAUUGACAUUUUAAUAUACCUAUCCUGUCAGUCAUAUCCCGAAUAGGUACAAUGUCUAAGGAUACAUUCCAAUAGCAUAAAUCGAAACAGGCAUUAAACAUUGAUCUGUGAUUUAGAGCUAUUUAGUCUGUAUAGCAAUUACUGUAACUUUAUUUUAUAAAUGAGAUUUUUGUAUAAGUAUGGAGCAAUUACAGUCAAUGUUAAUUUAUACAUAUACAUGGUGUUUGUAAAAUAAAAAUAUUAAUAUUU